AUGCUUAUGGACGUUGAACGAAAAUUCCGGAUUCCUCUUGGCCAGAAACAAUUUAAACUUGUCUGUCCUGUUAUCACAAACGACAAGGACAUGUUGAUGAUACAGUGGACCAAAAAUGGCGAACAGGUGGAGUGGGAUUCUCGCUACAAACUUGCAAAAGAUGAUCGAGAGCUGAAGAUGAAAUCGGUUAGACUGGAUGACAGUGGACGCUAUCAGUGUCAGGCAACGAACGGCUUUGGCCAUCGAACUGUUGAUUUUACAGUACAUGAAAGCAAUAUCGUUGUUGUCUUUCAAAUCCUCACCCCGAAUGUUGUUGUUGCAGAUCCUUCAGAAGAUUCAAUCUCGCUCAAGGAUGCUAUUGUUCUCGCUAAUACGACAUCUGCCCCAGCCUGGUUGAUCGACAUGAACCUCGACUGGUCAUCUCCUAUGCAAAUCAACCGUGGAGGUCGCAUGGAACUGCGAUGUCCGGCACGAGGAAACCCACUUCCUGAAAUUCGAUGGUAUAAAAACAACAUACGCAUCACAACUGACACUCCUCCACAUAUUGCUUCGUUCGUGAUAGACCCAUCUGGACUGGAUGACUCGGGCGAAUAUCGCUGUGUUUUGGAAAAUCGUCUCGGAUCAAUCGAGGCUAUCUUUAAAGUUACUGUAGGCGAUUUUUUCGACGACGGGAAGAGAAUUACGGGAGACGUUGCACCUCAUGUAAGCGUUUCAGACAUCUACUGCAUACACUUCACUUGUUCAAUUAUAUUGCAGGACCAAAUGCCAGAACCGAUAAUAGACCAGCCCUACAAUACAACUGUCAGAGUAGGCCACACUGCUCAGUUUUUGUGUAAAGCUAAGUCACCUCAGAGCCCUUUGAUAAAGGCAUGUUUAUGGAAUCUAGCAAAUCAUUACUCGAUAUCUUUCUUACACAGGAAUAUACAUAAAAUUCUUUUUUUUCAGUGGUUAAAAGAGGUCGAAGACCCUGCUGCAAUACGUCGCCGUGACCCGAAUGCCACCAUUGUGAACGCAAGUGGAAUGCACCUAUUGGUCCUUGAGCAGACUCAGGUUGAGUCUAUAUCACGAGAAGGUUCCGAACAGCUUUACACUAAUCGUCUUGUCAUUCCAAUGGUAACUAAAGAGCAUGGGGGUCGAUACAUUUGCGUCGUUACGAGUACACAAGGACAUAUCGUUUACAAAGCUGCUCAAUUAAAUGUUGUUGCUGGUGAGCGGCUUGAUUUCAACUUUUUCUCAGCUGCUUUUAUCACAUACGAUUUUGGUUCGAUUGGCUUUGAUAUGGACAGCUUCUGGUACUUUGUGAUUCCCAUUUCCAUCGUAUUCAUAGGACUUGUAAUUGGAGCUAUAGCUUGGCUGCGGUGCAACCAAGAGCCGUCUUCUCCAAAAUGCCUUUCUGGAAAACCUCCACCUCCGCCACGAAUUCCACCUCCAGUUGCACCAGCAGAAUACCCGCGUGGUGUUAGCCAGUUCACUCAGGACUCCUCCAUUGACAAAACAAGAUCUCCUAUUAUACUAAAUAACUCAAUGUUUCAUCACAAGUACCCAAUGGGAAUCGCAACGCUUGAUCGUAACAACAUCCAGCGAGCACAGCGAGGUAAUCAGCCAAAUUUGAACUUAGCCUUUUUUGCCUUAACUCUAACCGUUAAAAACGUGUUGAAUAUCUUCACUUUCGCUGCAAGACCUAAGCUGUACUCUUCAGGUAACGAUGAAAUGUCGAAUUUGUAUGAUAAUAGUUCACCGCAACCAUACUGGACGCAGCCAAUGAUGCAUCGUCCUUUGGCUAGUUCGAUUUACACUGCAGCAUCAGGAAAUUAUCGCACUUUGGAGGUGAGGGCUAUUUCAACUUUGAUGUUCCAUAAAGAACCGAUUUCCCAAGAGAAAAAUAUACGGUAUGGUCGAGUUCAGUACUUAGCUACCGGUUGCUUGAAGAUACUGGCUCACUAA